UCCUGUCAAACGUGGACGAUACCCGGAUGAGAAAGGAGGAAAACUUUUUCAAAACAUAAUGCUUUGUUUCGUAAUUAUCGAUGAAAUUGACCCCAUUUGAUUAAACACACACACACAGAACCACCCAUGAAGAAGAGGAUGUUUUCCAAGUUCACAAAUUACCUCCAUCAAGCUGUGGAAGCGCUUGCCCCACAGAUUCCCUUGCAGGAGGAAUUUGUGUAUCAUUGGAAAUCGGUAACUGGUUAUUUCAUGGACAACAGAGGUGACAAGUUGCCAGUGGACCAGACCAGUAUCCCAGUCCACCUGGACCAGAUGGUGGUUUUACUACAGCAGGAAGAAAGUGAGGCUGAUAGAAACACAACAGGACCCUGUAUGGAAUACCUCCUACAACACAAACUACUGGAGACCCUGUACUCCCUUGGCAGGACUGAUCAUCCUCCGGGUAUGAAACAAGCAGUAUUGACAUUUUUCACAAAGUUAUUGUCUCGACUCCAGCAGCCAUUACUGCCCCAUGUUAAUGUUCAUAGGGCUGUUCAUCGUCUUGUGAAGACUUGUGGGGAAGUGAAAGCUGCCCCUUCGGAAUCGGAGGAGAUCCAGUUCCUAUGUACUGUAUGUGCCAAAAUCAAAGAAGACCCAUAUCUAGUCAACUUUUUUAUCGAUAUACCAAAGAAAAAGACACUGCCCGGUGCAGCCAAACCUGUUACAACACAGCCAUCUGAUGUAUCACAGCAGCCGUCGCAGCCAACCCCUCAGCCAGAGGAGCAGGCUUCAUCUACUGCCAACACAUCAAGGGAGUUCAGCCUCGUCUCUUCUCUCAUCAUUCUAAGUCAUAGUGCGGAUAGUCGUGUGGCUGUGAAGGCAUGCGAGGGUCUCAUGCUGUGUGCCAGUCUUCCAGAACCAGCAGCAGCCCAGUGUAUUGUAGAAGACACUUCCUUUUGCGCAGAGCUGUCACAACGACUCGUGGAGUCCUACCUCAAGCUUCCAUCGCAUGUCAAUCCAGUUGAUCUGGAGCAUGUGGAGGCCAAGUGGGGGCUAGAUGUGAUAACUGAGAGUGAGGACCAUCAAACGUUUUUGGGGAAGCGCCACCUGGUGUCCUUCCUGUCCUGGUUGGAUUACUGUGAUCAGCUGAUUGGAUUGGCCAAUCCAAGUGUAGGAGAGGCUUUAGCCAAAUCAAUCCGAAACUUAUUCCUGGACGUAAUAAUGGAGCCAUCGGUCCUACAAACGUCGGAGUCUGGAGCUGUGCUGGCCACAGCCUACCUGACUAGAUGUCUGCGAACCGUCUGCUCUCCACAAUUGUUACUAGAGUUUUCAAAAUUUAUCCUGGGAAAAAAUCGAGAGCCGGAGGUGCCAGAUGUAGCAGAGAGUCCUGUCCGCGAUAGAUUAAUACAGCGCUGUAACCAUCUAUCUGAUGAGGAAGGUGUGAAGACACAGCUGUGUCUGGCCACCUUGAAGCUGUUUGACACACUGCUGCAGAAAGAGGAGGAACAUAUCAUACACAAUCUGGUUCUACGCAAUGUGAUUGGUCGAAAAUACUACAAAAAGGAGGAGCCUGAAGUGAAGGAGGAGGAGCCUUCUGGUGCUACAGAGGAUGUGACAUCCGUCAAUCAACCAACUGAUCCUGCUGCUAAAUCUGAAACUGUUUCCACAACAGAGGGCUCUGUGUCAGAUACAGAAGUCAAACCUCUGGUUAAUGGUUUAGAGAGAAGUCAAUCAAUAGAUUCCACAGGUACGUCAGGAGGAUCCAGUCUGUCGUUCGGCUCAACUCCAACUACUUCACCCAGCAGGGGCAAAUCAGAGGUGCACAAAAUUGUAAACAGUUUCCUGUCCCUGCUGCCUGAGGAUUUAAAAUCUAGUUACCAGACAGCUGAUAGCGGCUAUGAUAUGUACCUACGGGACGCCCAUAAACAGUUUAAAGAUGUGAGUGGGAUGUGUUCUGGAUGGGAAUGGCCGAGUGAAGCUGUAGCUGUAGGGGACGACUCCGUAUCAACAUUCUAUGAAGGUGGCUUCCUCACGAUGCUGUUAGACAAGCUAUCACACAUGCUUAAUCAGUCGUACUCCAUGAACCUUCAGGUGACCUUGCUGGUGUCUAAGCUGGCUAUGUUGCCCCAUCCACACCUCAGUGAAUACCUGCUGGAGCCCAGUCUACCGGUAAAGGAUGGCACCAGGACACUCUUCUCUAUCCUUACCAAGAUUGCCAGCGAAGUUAGCGUGAAGCUUGGCAACGACCCAGGGUUGAGCCAGAAGCUGGUUGUUGCUAGGAAACAACUGAUGGGCAUAUCACAGAACAUCCACAGCCUGAGGAUGUUAAACACUACUAACAUUGGGUUGGAAGGUCAAGGUCAGCUUGAAGCCAUUAUCGUCCUUGAAGAAUUCUGCAAGGAGUUGUCAGCCAUUGCUUUUGUGAAGCACCAUGCUGCUGUGACAAGGACGUGAUAGAAGAGAUGAAAGGAGUAAACCCUUUGUGUUCAGAAGGAUAUCCUGCACAAUCCAAAUUGUGCUACAGCUCUAAAGUUGAAAUGUGAUGACUGAUCGUGAGAAGCGAGCUUUGACCUGCUCUAAUCAUGAGCUAAAUACACAAGCCUUUCAAUAUUUACAACCUAGCACAUUGAAUGUACAUGCAUGGUGCCAAAAUACUUCAGUUUUUUGUAUUUUUUUUUUUUUUCAUGUUAAGGCUAUAUACUACCUUUUUCAUUUACCUGUAACUUGUGUAAGAAUUACCUCCCUUGAAAUGUUUUAGUUUAGCUUUGAUUUGAUGAAUAAUUCAGAACUAGAGAAAUAUUGCAAACUUAAAAAGAUUCAUCAGGUUUUUUCUUCGAAAUCUUUUGGAAGGAAAAUCCAUGCUGUAGUAAGGUAGCAUGUAUCCUUAAGACAUUUAGUAGAAUUAUCAAUAAUGUCAAGUUGCUAUAUAUUUCCCUUUUGAUGAAGUUACAAAACCAAGCAACAAAAUUAAAAAAAACAUUCUGUCAAUAUUUAAAAUACAAAAUGUUUUUAAAAAUUCCGUUACUUUAUCAUGUAAUGAUAUGAUACAUAUGAAUGUACAUAUAGUCCAAGAGAAAAAUACUUAUUGAACAGUGCUGACAAUAUGGUAGAAAAUUUUGUACCUUGAGCGAUUUACAUUUUCUUAAAUGAGGUACACAUGGUAAAUUAUUAACGUUUGAAUAAGUGCAUAUAUUAUUUUUGAGUAUUUAUGAGUGGUUAUAACAACAGAAUUUGUUGCCAUUUUUACAGUAUUAUUUGUUGAUGUUUUCUGUGACUGAAAAUUGUCUCAAAAUUCAUUGAGAAAGGAGAAUGAGAAGAGAAUUUGUUGAUGUUUUCUGUGACUGAAAAUUGUCUCAAAAUUCAUUGAGAGAGGAGAAUGAGAAGAGAAUUUGGUAUAAACAGUGGUAAAAUACAAUCUGUGUAUAAAUGAUUCUAGUCUUGGGGAUCCGGACCUGCUUUGUUUCUGUUGGUUUCAGACACUGCCCUUCCAACUUCUCUGUAUUUAUUGUUUGUUUAAUCUGUUCUGUCUUCCAGUCGGUCACUGAUUUUAAUGAUCAUCAUUUAUAAGUCUAUACGAGUGUAAUGCUAUGCAAGUGUAAUGCUGUGCGAGUGUAAUGCUAUUUUUGUGAGUGUAAUGUUGUAUAAGUGUAAGACUUAAAGUGUAAUUUCGUUAUCAUAUGUCUGUAAGGCAAAAAAUUUUCAAAUGCAGUAGAACUCAUUUAAAAACGGAUCAGAAAAUACCUGAUUACUUGUUUCUAUUAAGAUACAUUAGUAUUGGUGGAAAGGAAAUAGCUGGUUACCCCUGUAAAAUAAAUUAGUAUUGGUGGAAAGGAAAUAGCUGGUUACCCCUGUAAAAUAAAAACAUUGUUAUUGGUUAAA